ACUAGAACGUCACAAAAACACCCUAAUUCGAGCAGGAAAGCAAAAGCAAACCGCAAAGUAAAACAUUGCAGCAAACAUUCUGUGAUAGUGAGAAUAAUUAUACAAAACUUUGUUUCACUCUGUCCUGUCCACUGUUUCUCCAACAAUGUCCAACAAAUACGAGAUCAGACCAUACGCCAGUGACAGUGACGAUAGCGGAGACGAGGAGGCAGACUUUGACGUGGAUAAAUUGGAACCACUAGAAGUUGGACCGGGGGAACAUAAGCUACAGCACACCUACUGUCUCUGGUUCGGCAAAAAAGGAUCACAUCGAGCAGCGGAGUACGACAAAUCCCUACACUUUGUGGGUCGGUGUGCCAGUGUUGAACAAUGGUGGUCGCUCUACUGUCAUUUAGUUAAACCAACUGUAUUGAAACCUUACCGAAGGUUACAUUUGUUUAAGAGUGGCAUCAAACCAAUGUGGGAAGAUCCGGGCAACUCAAAAGGUGGCAAAUGGGUUAUCCGGCUGAAGAAGUCUAAAAUUGACCGAGCUUGGGAGAACGUGUGUAUGGCGAUGCUGGGGGAACAGUUUCUGGUGGGAUCGGAAAUUUGCGGCGUCGUCUUGUGUACCCAAUUCCCCGAAGAUGUGUUGUCAGUGUGGAACCGAACAGCAACCGAUACAGUUAGCACCAAUCGCAUACGAGACACGCUGCGGCGCAUACUAAACCUACCUCAAUCGCAGCACAUCGAAUACAAACCACAUGGCGACAGCCUCAAGUUUGUGCCAGCCUGAUUCAUCUGCCUGCAAAAAGGCACUAUUCACUUCCAAAGUCUGAUCAUGUAGACUUUCUGCAUGUGUUUUGAGUUUUAUUUUGGUCGUGGAUUUUUUCCUUGCAUUGUGGAAAAUUGCAACGAUGGUCGAGCAAAACUGG